GGAGGCUCUUGCGCCCCCCAAAACACCAAAACUUUGUCGAGGCCGUAUCUGUUCCAGGAUGGCUGGCAGGCUGGUCCUUCCAAUCUGCAGCCACCUCGGGGAAAUCAGCCAUGCUGGUGGGAUGGAUGCUUGGUGGUGCUUGCGAUGGCUUGUUCGUUCAUAAGACUUCUUCUUUUUCCCUUGGGCUUCGUCUCUUCUCGCUUGUCCUCUUUGUUCUACCAACCCCUCCUCGUACUAUAUAGUUGUCCAGCCUCAGUCUCUCUUUCUUUGCCCUCUUGUCUAUACGUAAUUAUGGCGUUCUCACGCCUCCUCAAGGCUGUCGCCGCCCUCACACUCGUUUCCUCCAUUCAGUCAGUCGCCGCCGACGGUGGCUCCAGCAGCUCCGUCUGCGCAUCUUCGUCCAAAUGCAUUCCCUUCACUGUUGACCUCACUUGGGCUCCGACCGACCCGAGCAAAGGCAUCUCCCGAAAUGCCAUCCUCACCAACGGCUCCCUGCCCGGUCCUCCCUUGAAGAUGAAGGUUGGGGACUGCGUGGACUUUGUCGUCUACAACAACAUGCCCAAUGCCACGGGCAUCCACUUCCACGGUAUCCGUCAAAAUGGGACACCGUGGGCGGACGGUGUGCCGGGCGUCAGCCAAUAUUCCAUUCAACCAGGAACAAGCUACAUGUACCAAUGGACUGCGGUCGAGUCUGGCAACUACUUCUACCAUGCUCACUACAAGGGACAAAUGAUGGACGGUCUCUAUGGUGCCAUUGUCAUUGCUCCCGCCGAUGAUGCCGAGACGCCCUUCAGCCAGAUCAGCAGCACCCAGUCUGACAUCGAUGCCAUGACCAAGGCUGCGCUCGACGUUGAGCCUGUCUUCGUCACCGACUGGAACCGAUACACUUUCGACGAGUUCUUCGAGGUUGAGCAGACCGCCAACGUCGACUGGGCCUGCAGUGACUCCAUCACGUUGAACGGUUUCGGCUCGCAAUACUGCCCGUCAGUUGCCGACCUCACUGCCUCUGCUGCGCCUCAAGAACCCCAGGUUCUGAACGGCUCUUCUUUGACCGCAAAGGGCUGCGUUCCUCCCAACAACGCUGCGAUUCAAGGUGGCCAGUACCUGGCACUCCAGAACCUUGCCGCCCUGCCCGCUGAUGCCUAUGACACCUGCAUUGGAUAUGGUGGCUCUAACUUCACGUAUUCCGUCGACCCCAGCGAUGGGUGGGCUGCUUUGUCCUUCAUCAGCCCUGCUGGUGUUGCGCUGGUUAAAAUCACCAUUGACAGCCACAAGUUGUACGUUUAUGAGAUCAACGGCAACUUCAUCGUUCCUCAGGUCGUCGACCAGUUCAGUCUCAGCAACGGUGAUCGUGUCUCCUUCUUUGUCAAGCUGGACCAGACCCCAGGUGACUACACCAUCCGUGUUGCCAACGAGGGUAUCAACCAGGUCAUCUCGGGCUUUGGUGUCCUGUCGUACAAGGGUGGCAACAACGCACCCGCGGGAGUGUCCGUCAUGAACUAUGGUGGUCAGAACACUUCUGCCAUCGUUCCCCUGAACAACGCUCUCGCCGCUCCUUACCCCGCAAACACUCCAGCACCCAGCGCUGAUGUCAGCUUCAUCCUGGAUAUCCAGAAGUCUCCAGUUCAGCCUACUGAGGCGUGGGCCUGGACACUCUCGGGUACCGACUCGUACAACAUGACCAGUGAUGAUGAUACGCCCCCUCUUCUGUUCCAGAGCCCAUCAAGCAUUCCCACCAGCGACCUGAUCUUGGAAACCCAGUCCGGCCAGUGGGUUGAUUUGAUCAUCAAGGUUUCCGGCCCUGUUGCUGAGCCGCAUCCCAUUCACAAGCACGCCAACAAAUUCUACGCGAUCGGCUCUGGGGUCGGCGACUUCAACUUUACCAACGUCGCAGAUGCCAUCACUGCAGGCUACCCGUUCAACCUGGUCAACCCUCCCUACGUUGACGGCUUCACCAGCACUCCUGCUGAGGGCAACAAUACCUGGAUGGUCUUCCGCUACCAGGUCAACACUCCUGGUGCUUGGCUUCUCCACUGCCACGUUCAGUCGCAUUUCUCUGGCGGUAUGGCCGUGGCCAUCCUCGAUGCUAUUGACCAGUUCCCUACCGUCCCCUCGGACGUUGGCAAGGUCUGCCCUGGCUCCGGCACCAGCACCUCCUCCGGCAACAGCACCUCGUCAGGCUCGGGCACCCAGGUACAGAACGAGGGUUCCAGCACCACCAGCAGUGUUUCUACAUCAUCCUUCACCGGUGCGGCAUCAUCAGUGAUGGUGUCAUCAGGCACCGCCGCACUUGGUCUUCUUGCGCUCGCUUUUGCUCUGUGAAUGUUUUUGAAGCAAAUAGUCUUGUAAUGAGUUUCCUUUUAUUUUUUUUGUGUCUAGCAUUUGUUUCACGGGGAUAUAGUGUGCAAUACAAAAUGUCAUUUGGAAAAGCAGAGCCCGCAGCACAUAACGAAAGAAUCAUGGAUUAUUGGUCCUCGGAAAGACGGCCUUGUUGAAGCAUAUGGAACGGCGUGACAGACGAGAAAUCGCAUCCAAUCAUCAUGUAUGUACGCAGCAAUCUGAUCGCUUAGUAGAUUGGACAAUACACUCCCCCUAGUCUUGGAGCAAAGGGAAGAUUGAACUAU